AUGUCUAAAAAGUUUGAAAAGCUGCUUGAUGCUGCAACUGAUAGUACUUUGCUUGAGCCCAAUUGGGAUAGUAUUAUAUCAUGCUACGACGCCGUAAGAUCUGGCGAAAUUCAAGGAAAACAGGCUAUGACUUAUAUUCGGAAGAAGAUUCAGCAUGAGAAUCCACACGUUGUUAUAUAUGCCCUCCUUGUCUUAGAUGCUUGCGUCAAAAACACAGGUCCUAAGAUAAUCAAAGAAGUCGCUACUCGUGAAUUUAUGGAGGAAUUUAAGAAUUUGGGAAUAGAUAGCAAAUAUGAUGAUGUUCGUAACAAAGUACUGGAAAUGCUACAGUGCUGGGCUAUGGCGUUUGCUAAUAAACCAGAAUGCAAAAUCAUCGUGGACACUCAUAAUCUAAUGAAACUUGCUGGGUUUGAUUUCCCUUCUAUUAAAGAAGCGGAUGCUAUGUUCAUGGCUCAAGUAGCUCCAGACUGGCAGGAGGGUACAGAGUGUUUUAGAUGUCGUGUUGAAUUUGCUGUCUUGACAAGAAAGCAUCACUGUAGAGCUUGUGGGCAGAUUUUCUGUGGAACUUGCAGUAGUAAGGUUAUGCCUUUACCUCAAUUCGGAAUUGAAAAAGAAGUUCGAGUUUGCGAUGCUUGUUUCGAAAAAGGAGGUCGAAGGCUUGAAAAGGCUGCAACAGCUGUUAACCCAGGAAACGCAGGAAAUAAGGAAACUAAAGUUGUACUUUCUGAAGUCACCGAAGCUGAAAAGGAAAAGCUCAGAAGGGAAAAGGAAGAGGAAGAUUUGGCUUUAGCAAUAGCUCUGAGCAAGAAAGAGGCUGAGUCAAAAGAUAGCCAUAAGGGUUUGUAUUCGAUGUAUACGGAAACCCAGGUUAACAGUAGCGCACCACCGGUUAACGACAAUGCCUCUGUAUCUUCUUAUCAAUUAUCUGAAAUCGGUUAUAAAGGAGCAGCAUCCAACGUUCCCGAAUCUCCUGGAGAUAGCUUAGCUGGUGAUGACCCUUUGGCUAAAUAUCUCAAUCGUGAUUAUUGGCAACAACGCAAAACAGGCUCUUUAUCGAAGGUAGAGGAAUGGGCUGGUAAUGCUGCUUCUGCACCAGUACCUUCCGAACAGUCCUACCCUUCCGGUCCAGGAACUAUUGUGGACGAGCCAGUAAAUGUAACUGCCGUAACAAACCAAAUGUCCGCUUUGGAAGUUGAUGGUCAAACGGAAUCGACUCUGCGUUGGUGUCAAGAUCUGAAGGAGAAUGUUUCGGUGAUGGAGAACAGAAUUAGAUCGAACACUGCCAGGGGACGACCCGUUGUCAACGACACUGCCAUUCAAGGCUUGUUCUUGAAACUCACUGAACUGCAUGCUCAGGUUCUCAGUCGGAUGUCUAAGCUGGAUGAAGAUCGAGCUUAUUAUGAACGGCUUCAAGAUCAUCUAGCCCACAUCGUUGAUGCGAGGUCAGCGGUGAAUGAACUUCGAGAUGAGAAUGAGAGAAAGCGUCUGGAACGUGUUGCUGAAGAGCAAAGGCUCCGACAAGCUCAAAUGAAACAGACUCUGGAUAUGAUGCGAAUGAAGAAACAUGCUAUGCUCAUGGAACAAAGAGACAUUGCCCUUCAAAGAUUCCAGCAACAAGAACAAGAAAUGGUUGUACGACGGCAGCAGCCUGUUGGGUAUUAUCCUUACCCUCAGCAACAGGCUUACCCUCCUAACGGCUAUGAUCAGCAGCAAUAUUAUAACUAUGCUCAGCAGCAACAGUACAGACAAACUACUCCUUCGGUUACAACAGCGAAUCAGUAUGAACAGUAUGCGCAACAAAAUGGGUAUUAUCAUUCUGAAUCCACAGCAGCAUCAAUGUCUCAAAAUCAAAUAAAUGGGAUGCACCAACCAUCGCUCAAUGGUAGUAUUCACCAGCAACAACAACCCCAACAACCCCAACAACCAUCGCAACAUCAUCAACAACAACAACAACAACAACAACAACAACAACAACAGCAGCAGCAACAACAACAACAACAUCAACUACAACAGCAGCAGCAGCAACCCCAACCACAACAACAGCAGCAACCACAACCUAACCACGUUGCCCUUUCGAACUACCCGUCUCAAGGUAUGCCCAUUCCAUAUUAUGGUGCUCAAAAUGGGCAGUACAUGCAACAGCAGUGCCAACCAUCAACCCAACAUUCAACUAAUCCGGUGAAACAGGAAUGCGCUCCCCAAAACUCUCAGCCUUAUACGCCUGCAAGCACUACUCAAUCUUAUGCUCCUGUACCUGAUGUUCAACAACCGGUUGCAGAAGCUCCAUUGAUUUCUUUUGAUUGA